AUGAAUGAAGAGAUGGAUUUGUAGAUAGAUGCUAAGUAGACGUGUCCUCGUCUUAAUGUUAAGCUGGUUCAGCUAAAUCAACCAAAGAUGACUAUUUAAGCCCUUAAAAUUGUUUUAUAUCCACAACUUGAUGGCUAUAGCAAGUAGACUUCUCAAAGACAUUUAGGUAUACUUUAGAUUCAUAAUCAUCGCUAUUUUUUACCAAAUCAACAAAUUAUGAGAUACAUUUAUACAUAUAGCUGCACUGGAAUUAAGAAAAAGCCAUCAGUUUCUUUAUUUAAAUAGCAUCUUCAGUCGAGAGCUGAAAUCUUUUCAUCAGCUGAUUACAGCUCAAACUUGUUUUUGAGUAUUCAUAUUCCGCAAAUGACUUUUCGAUUCUUUAGAAUUGUUCAAUAAGAUCUUAAUUAGGGUAUUCUUUGUUGA